AACCAUCAUCUUUCAAUUUCUCAUUGAGAUUGAGAAUCCGCUUGAUUUCUCAAUUGAAGAUGAAAGAGGAUUUAGUAAACCUACUGCUAUGAAGAGAAAGAGGAGCCAACCAGACGACACCAUGGACAUCGUCUGGCAAACUCCCGCCAAUCCUCCUCAACGCCAAGACUACCUUUUCCGCGACGGAGUAAGAUAUGUCAGGCCCUACUAUUUCGAGUUCAUUUCGCAUGCAAAGAAUAGAUGGGCGGGGAAGACGAUUGUCGAUUUGUUUGCGGAUGAAUUUAAAGGCCGACCUCGCGAUUACUAUGUGUCUGCAGUGAAAACUGGACGCAUACAAGUUGAUGGUCAGAAAAUUCCUAUAUCAUAUGUAGUUCAGCCAUCCCAAAAAAUAAGCCAUUUUCUGCAUAGGCAUGAACCACCAGUUAUGGCUAUGGAUAUCCAGAUUAUCCAUACAGAACCAGAUGUUGUAACUGUUUACAAGCCUGCAACAACUCCUGUGCAUCCAUGUGGACAAUAUCGGAAGAACACAGUUGUUGGUAUUCUUCAAGCAGAGCAUGACCUGGCACCCCUAUUCCCAAUUCAUCGAUUAGAUCGCUUGGUCUCUGGACUUCUUAUCAUAGCUAGAAGUGCUUCCAAGGCCGAUAGUUUCAGACAACAGAUUGAAUCAGGAGAAGUCAAGAAACAGUAUAUUGCAAGAGUGACAGGAGUUUUUCCCGAGGAUGAGCAAGUUGCUGAUGUCAAUGUCAACUAUAAUGCCCGAGAAGGAAGGAGUACGGUUGAGGUAGAAAAUGGUCCAACUGGGAAGAGUUCUGCGAAAGGGAAGUCUGCUUGUACCAAAUUUACUAGAGUUAGUACCAAUGGAACACAAAGCAUUGUUUUAUGUGAGCCAAUCACCGGCAGGACACAUCAGAUACGUGUUCAUCUGCAGUAUCUGGGGCAUCCCAUAGCUAAUGACUUUCUCUAUCUAUCGGAAAGUGUUCCUCAUCGUUCUAUUGGAGGAUUGAGUGCUGAUAGAGCUGCAGCAAACCCAGGACUUCUCUUAAAGGUCAAUCAUUGUGAGAUUAAUGAGUCUGGUUCUGAAGAUGAGUGCGCUGAAGAUUUCAACAUCGAUCCUAUGUGUACCAACUGCCCAGAUUUGCCACCCAAAGGAUAUGAUAUACAUGAAGCAGGUCUAUGGCUGCAUUGUAUUAGAUACUCGGGCCCUGAUUGGACGUACGAGUGUCCAUAUCCAAAAUGGGCAUCUCUUAGUUAGUUCUUUUUGUUUGUUUUUCUUUACAUAUUUGCAGUUGAUAGAAUGAUUCAGUUAAUGAAGGAACUGUCAACCUUAAUGUAGAACUUCUGUAUCUUUAUACAAGCUCCAUAUAUAGAUAUCCAAGAUAUAAAUCAUUCAGAUGCUUGAAACAUUUCAUUCA